AUGAGCCCUGUGGCCUCUCAUGCCUCAACCCAGCGCUUCGUUCCAAAUGUUCCUGGCCCGUCCAAUACCAUGGCUGUUACCAUGCCGCACUCCUCAAACAGCGGAACUCAGUGGGAGGAUACACCAGCCACGACCAAGAUUUCCUGGCCCACUGGACAACCUGGAUAUACUUUGGACGAUCAACUGCAAACCAUCGAGGGCGAGACGGCCAGAGCCGUGAUGGUGCAGAGCUCUUCGGGCUACAGCGUAGGCGACUCUGAGGUGGAGGACAUCCGGUCAUCCACCGAAGUCUCCAUCGAUCCCAGCCCCUAUUCCCUGACGUCUUACCAAUCGACCCGCCCUAUGCCUACCCCUGAGCAAGGUUUGGAGAAGGCAGGCUACGGUGGGAUGAUGUAUCGCGGCCUUGGCAUCUCUCCGUCGGGCAACUUCAACAACGACUUCGCAAGAACUCCGCCCACUGCUCCGCGGGCUAUGCUUCAACAACGAAACAUUGUGCAUCCAUCUGCAUCAUGGACCAAUUCCAAGACCUGGGUUAGCGAAGAGGCGCGGAAGCGACAAGAGUUCGCCCGCAUGCAGGAGAGGGCCCGACACAUGGGAACAGACAGGGCGCCGCUCAUGCCACAGACUUUCGAACAAUUUUUGCUUUUUGAAGUCCGGGAGCAGGAGGCCAAGAUACAGGAAAUGCGAAACAAGAUCAAGGCUAAGGAGGAGACGGCCACUGAGAAGCACCACGGUAAGGAACACGGUCAAACCCUCCAGCCAAUGCACCAGAUGGAGGCGCAGGCGUUCGGGAACGAUACCCGAGCUGGAGUGCCUGCGAUCCUGGGCCCCCCAAACAGCCUCAAUCCGAAUGACCUUCGUGCUCAGUAUGAGACCGAGUGGCCAUCUCUCCCUCAGCUCAAGGUCGAGGGCGAUCUCCGCAUCCAGCGUGGUUUUCCGAACCGUCGCUUGCCUGCUCCCGGCUUCAAUCCAGUCAAUUCCAUAAUGGCUCACAGAAACCAGGGGCUCACAGCUUCCAACGAGGAAGACUUCAUCCCAGACCAGCUUCCACCGGCUGCUGGUAUUCGAUGGGACCGGACCCGCACUGCUGCGCAUGAACGUACUGAGUCUCAGGAGAUCGACUUCGAUGAGUCUCAGCAACCGAGCCAGAGCUUGAUCCGUAGAAUUGGCGAUUGGGUCAAUGAGAUAGACCCCGAGGAGCAAGUCUAG